AUGUGUCCAGCAAUGAAGUGUCUUCUAUUCCUUCUCUUCUGUAUUGUUAUUGUGAGUGGAGCUAUAGCUGGGAAAGAAAAAGUGAGACGUCGAUGUCUGGAGGAGUUUGGAGUAACGGGACCUUGCAAAGCUCUUUUACCAAGGUGGGGACUUGAUCCAGAGACUGGCGAAUGUAAAAGAUUCUUUUAUGGAGGUUGUCAAGGGACCAGAAACAACUUUAAAACUGAAUCUAAAUGCAAGGAAAAAUGCAAAGCAUGA